UAACACAAGUUUCAUAAACUGCAGAAAUAACGCUGAAUAGCAGGACCCUGGAGUUGGGGAAACCCUUUAGCCACUCCUCACUGACAUGCUCACACAAGCCUCUUGAAGAGCUGCCAUUUUCCGUAAAGGAAGUACCAUGCAGAAUUCACAGGACUGUUUCAUCCUCAUGGCUUUAUCUACAGACUGAAAGACUAAUUCAUUAUUCAAAGAAGAGCAGGCAGAGGACAACUGCACAGUAAGAGCCCACACUACUGAGAAAACCCCAGCAGCUUGUGACAUCUGCACCUCACCCUCGGGCCUUUCAAGCAACUUAGCCGAAUUGCUAACAAGAAUAUUGCCUAAAAUCCUUAAAAUUAGUGAGCUGUGAUUAGAAAAUCCUGCUGUUUUGAUCUCCAGAAUUUUCUACUCACUCCUGGGGAAAUUAUUUACACUAACAUCAACAAAGGAUCUGGUGUGUCUGUCUGUUGGCAGAGAGAUGCCCAAGGGAAAAGGUCCACAAGGGAAAAGGAUCACCUUGAAAGUGGCCAAAAAUGCAGUCCGGGUACUUUUUAAUGGAAGGCGCCGUCUUGAGUUAAGCAAAAUGGGCAUUGCCGUCUUCCCCAAGUGCCUUCUGGAGCUGGCUGAUGUGGAGGAAAUUGAUUUGAGCAGAAACAUGUUAAGAAAGAUUCCAAACAUCAUUGAGAAGUUCCAGAAUCUGAUGUGGCUGGACCUGCAUAGUAAUCAGAUUGAUGAGCUGCCUGCAGAAAUAGGCACACUUCAGAACCUUACUUACCUGAAUUUAUGCAACAACAAGUUGACCACAAAAGGUCUACCAGAAGAGUUGACCCGUCUCAAGAACCUGCGUACUCUCAACCUUGGCUUAAACUGUCUUGAGACUAUUCCCACCACUCUUGGGGCCCUGAGGGAACUUAUUGAACUAGGUCUCUUUGACAACUCCUUGACCAUCAUCCCGAAGAGUGUGAAAAAACUCCCCAAGCUUGAGAGACUGAAUGUAAAAAGAAACCCUUUACCAGAAUUUGCAAAGGAAGACGAGCCAAUUGACACCGUUAAACGCAUAGAAUCGCUUUACUUAGUAGAAAAGAAAGAUCUGUGCAAUUCCUGCCUGCAGAUGUGUCAGGGUGAGAGGGAUGAGCUGCACAAGUUAGAGGAUGUGACACCCGGCCCCUCAGAUAAGCCAAGUUUCCCUUCACUCACUACACCCAAUUCCACUGCAAUUGAUAACCAAGAAGAAUGGAGAAUGAAAGAUGAAAAUCUGGAAAAUAUACCAGGGCAGUCUACAGACGAUGUUCCAUGAAGUCCAAGCCAAGCAAAUAAAAAGCUGACUACCCUC